AUGUCGCAUAACUCAGGAGACGUGUUUGAGCGGCUCUACAACUCGCCGCAACGAUCUCACGUUCGUCGCGUUGCGUCGUCGCAACUCCCUGCUCCGAAGCGAUGUCCGAGUCGUUGCAAGAUUGAUAGCAUUGAGCAAUUGUAUCGCCUUUUGUUCGAGCGAGAUCCUAAUUUGUUUUCCAUAAAGGACUACGGGUGGGAAAUACUGCAUCGGCCAUCGUUGAACAUCGAUGACAUCCCCUUGAGCAACCUCAAUGUGUUUGAACGAGGUGAAUUGAUGCGCAAGAGAAGCGUCUAUUACGUCCCUACCACUAGCACUUUUCCUACUGCUGCAACUGCUCAGCGAGAAAUCAAAUUGACUGAUUACGAAGAUAAUUUCGGGUUCGAUGACGUGAGCGGCAACUACAAAGUCAACCUCAAUGACCAUAUCAACUAUCGAUACCAGGUCUUGAGAAAUGUAGGCAAAGGUUCAUUCGGGAAAGUGAUCCUCGUGCAAGAUCACAAAGUUGCCGGAGACGAUUUCUUGCUAGCUUUGAAAAUCAUCAACAACAACCCAGCCGCGUCAUUGCAAUCGGUCAAUGAGAUCAAGAUGUUGAAGUGCAUCAAAGACCACGGCGGACACCGCAACGUUGUGGAGUUUUUCAACCAGUUUAAUUUUAGAAGCCACAUUUGCAUAACCACCGAGUUGCUAUCGCUCAAUCUUUACUCGUUACUCGAAGUAACCAAAUUCCAGGGGUUUUCAGCCCCGGUAGUAGCCCAGUUCGGUAGGCAGAUCCUACAGGGCAUUUCAUUUCUUCACGGGCACAGCAUCAUUCAUUGCGACAUCAAACCUGAAAACAUCAUGGUCAAGCUCCCCGCAGAUCACGAAUCAACAGAGCUCAACGUUAAAUUGAUCGACUUUGGCUCCUCCUGCUUCGAUAACGAACAGUGUUUUUCAUACAUCCAGUCGCGGUUCUACCGAGCCCCUGAGAUCAUCUUGGGCGCAGAGUACAACAACAAGAUCGACAUUUGGUCAGUCGGCUGCGUCUUGGCCGAGUUGUUCACGGGCGUCCCUUUGCUUCCAGGCAAGAACGAAAUCGACCAAGUGGGCUUGAUCUUGGGCAUAUUUGGCGCGCCGAAAUCGUGCACGAUCCAACGAUUCAGAUCGCAACUCGCAAAGUCGUUCCAACCGACAACGAUGGAUAUAGAAAGCAGGAGCGUGUUGCCCCAUGCAAACCAGAUUAAAAAGACGUUGUUAUAUAAGAUCUUUGACCAGAAUGGCAAGAUCAAUUUGCAAAUUUUGAACCAGUAUAAAGCAGCUACGCCGGACUUGACGAGCUUGAAGAAGCAGUUUCGGUUGAAUUCCAAGACUUUGGACAUAUGCAUGGGCAUCGCGGGCGACGGCACGGAUAAUCCACUUGACAAACAGUCGUCAAUGACGAGAUUCUUGCAAAAGAUUUUCGUAUGGGAUCCCAUGGCCAGAGAAAGCGCCGAUGCUCUUUUAGCCGAUUCCUUCUUAUCAUGA